AUGUUAGUUCAGACACAGCCCCAAAAAAAAGUCUCCAAUGACAAGCUUUCCUUCUUCUGUGAAGUGAAAGUAGCACAAGAUCCCACCAAUCAUUCCAGCCAGAAUAUUAGGAAGCUGGUUAAGGUUCCUGAGGGCUGCUUGGCAGAGGAUCUAGGAGGACUGUGGGAGCGAUCCCAGCUCUCAGACUGUUGCUUGUGUGUGGCUGGCCAGGAAUUCCAGGCUCACAAAGCCAUCUUAGCAGCUCGCUCUCCAGUUUUCAUGGCGUUGUUGGAACAUGAAAAGCAAGGAAGCAAAAAGAAUCGUGUUGAAAUCAGUGACAUGGAUCCUGAAGUUUUUAAGGAAAUGAUAUACUUUAUGUACACUGGAAAGGCACCAAACCUAGGGAUCAUGGCAACUGAACUGCUGGAGGCUGCAAGCAGGUUUGGUCUGGAGCGCCUGAAGCUCAUGUGUGAGAACCACCUGUGCAGCAACCUCUCUGUGGAGAAUGCCGUGGAAAUCCUCAUCUUGGCUGACCUCCACAGUGCACCUCAGUUGAAAACCCGGACACUGGAUUUCAUCAAUUUUCAUGUUUCUGACAUCCUGGAGACCUCUGAGUGGAAGGCCAUGGUGGUGUCCCACCCUCACUUGGUGGCCGAAGCCUAUCACUCUCUGGUUUCCAUGCAGUGUGCAUUCAUGGAGGGCUGCUUGGCAGAGGAUCUAGGAGGACUGUGGGAGCGAUCCCAGCUCUCAGACUGUUGCUUGUGUGUGGCUGGCCAGGAAUUCCAGGCUCACAAAGCCAUCUUAGCAGCUCGCUCUCCAGUUUUCAUGGCGUUGUUGGAACAUGAAAAGCAAGGAAGCAAAAAGAAUCGUGUUGAAAUCAGUGACAUGGAUCCUGAAGUUUUUAAGGAAAUGAUAUACUUUAUGUACACUGGAAAGGCACCAAACCUAGGGAUCAUGGCAACUGAACUGCUGGAGGCUGCAAGCAGGUUUGGUCUGGAGCGCCUGAAGCUCAUGUGUGAGAACCACCUGUGCAGCAACCUCUCUGUGGAGAAUGCCGUGGAAAUCCUCAUCUUGGCUGACCUCCACAGUGCACCUCAGUUGAAAACCCGGACACUGGAUUUCAUCAAUUUUCAUGUUUCUGACAUCCUGGAGACCUCUGAGUGGAAGGCCAUGGUGGUGUCCCACCCUCACUUGGUGGCCGAAGCCUAUCACUCUCUGGUUUCCAUG